CAGAAUGGCUCCCGUUGAGUGUGCAGCACCAGCGUGUGUCAUGUCUUGGCUGCGUUUCUGGGGCCCAUGGCCCCUCCUUACGUGGCAACUAUUGUAUUUCCUAGUCAAGGAGGCUCAGCCUCUGGUGCGGGUCAACGACCCGCUCCAGCUGACCUCUAACCCCAUGGGGCCACCUGAGCCCUGGUCUUCCCGCUCCUCCCAUCUCCCGUGGGAAUCUCCCCAUGCACCUGCUCCCCUAGCAGCCCCGGGGGACUUUGAAUACCUGGGGCCCUCUGCUUCUUUGCAGAUGUCAUCCCUGCCCCAGGAAUCGACUGAAAAUUUGGCUCCAUUCCUGGACACCGAUUCAGCUGGAGAGCUGCCCCUGGGACCAGAGCAGUUCUCGGCUGCCCAGCAGGAUUUAUAUGACAAGCUGACUCCGCAAGAAAGGCUCCCGGUUUCGCCCAAGAACCUGAAGAAAGACCUAGCUGAGCGUUGGAGCCUUGCUGAGAUUACUGGGAUUCCACACCAAUUAUCCAAACCUCAGCGUCAGAAACAGACUUUUCAGGAUGAAUAUUCGAGUAUGGACACACUGUAUCCUGGCAGCCUGCCUCCAGAACUCCGGGUGAACGCAGAUGAGCCUCCAGGGCCACCUGAGCAAGUUGGACUUUCUCAGUUCCAUCGAGAGCCCGAAACUCAAAAUCCAGAGACCCUGGAAGACAUCCAGUCCUCUUCACUCCAGGAAGAAGCCCCAGCACAGCUUCCACAGCUCCCUCAGGAGGUAGAACCUUCAACCCAGCAGGAGUCCCCAGCUCUGCCUCCAGAGUCCUCCAUGGAGAGUCUAGCUCAAACUCCACUGAAUCAUGAAGUGACAGUUCAACCUCCAGGUGAGGAUCAAGCUCAUUAUAACUUGCCCAACAUUACCAUUAAACCUGCAGAUGUGGAGGUUACCAUGACAUCAGAGCCCAAAAAUGAGGCAGAAUCUUCCCAAGCCCAGAAGGAGGCCCCAAAUCAGCCUCCAGAGGAGGUGGAACCUUCUGCAACCCAACAGGAGGCCCCAACUGAGCCGCCAGGUCCUCCCAUGGAGCCUGAACUUUCCCCCAGUGAGCAGGAGCAGCCAGCUCAGCCUUCUGAGUCUUCUGGGGAGGUUGAAUCUUCUCCAGCCCAGCAGGAGGCCCCAGCUCAGCCCUUAAUGUCCCCUGAGCAGUUUCAACGUUUGAAAGACCAGCAAGACAUAAUUCAGCAGCUAAGUAGACCUGAAAAUUAUGAACAACUUCCAGUCCAUAAAGAGACCACAACUCAGCCUCCAACUCAGCUCUCCUCAGACUUUGGAAGUUCACUGAAUGAUGAAGCAAUAGGUUCACCUCUAGAUGUGUCAUAUCUAGAUCUAGAUAGGGAGCUUACCAAACCUACAGCAGUCACUAUGGGGGUAGAACCUUCUCCAGUCCAGCAGGACAACCCUCCUAUUCCCAUUGAACAGGCUGACUUUUCUCCAGCCCAGCCUGAUCUCCCUUCCCCGCCUCUGCAUUCUCCUGAAAAGAUUGAAUCUCCAGUCCACCAAGAGGCCACAGCUCAGACUCUAGAUCCCCCUAAGGAGGCAGAACCUUCUCCAGUCCAGCAAGGGUUCCCAGCUGAGCCACCAGAGCCCCCUAAGGAAGUUGAACCAUCUGCAACCCAGCAGGAAGCCUCGGGUCAUCCUCGGAAGUCCACUGAAGAGGUCAGUCCUCCACCACAGUGGGAGAUACCAGCUCAGCCAUCAGAGCCACCUGAGAAGGUCAAACCAUCUCCAGUCCUACAGCAGGCCCCAACUCGGCUUUUAAAGCCACCUAAAGAGGUAGAGUCCUCUCCAGUCCAGCAGGCGGUCCCUGCUCAGCCUUCAGACCCUGCUAUGGUGAUAGAACCCUCUCUGACCCAGCAGAUGGCCCCACCUUUGCCUCCAGAGUUCCCUCAGGAGAUAGAACCAUCUGUAACUCAGCAGGAGGUUCCAGCUGAGAUUCCAGAGCUCUCUAUGGAGGCAGAACCUUCUCUGACCCAGCAGGAAGCCACAGUUCAGGCUCCAGAGUCCCCUAAGGAGGUAGAACAUUCAAGGCAGCAAAUGGUCCCAGUUCAGCUUCCAGAGCCACCUAAGGAAUUUGCUGCUCAACCUCCAGCUCAUUAUGAGGUGAGAGUCCCAACACCAGGCCAGGAUCCAGCUCAGCAUUCAACAUUGCCCAGUGUCACUGUUCAACCUUUGGACCUGGGACUUACCAUCAUUCUAGAAUCCACGACAGAGGUUGAACUUUCUCCAACCAUGCAGAAGACCCCAACUCAGCCUCCUAAGAAAGUUGUACCCCAACUUGUAGUAUAUCAAGCGGUAACAAUUCCAACACCAGGUCAGGAUCGAGCUCAGCAUCCAAUGUCACCCGUUCAACCUUUGGACCUGGGACUUACCGUCACUGCAGAACCCACUAUGGAUGUUGAACAUUCUACACCCCUGAAGAGGACUAUAGUUCCUCCAAAGCACCUUAAGGUGACAAUUCCACAUCCAGACCAGAUUCAGACUCAGCAUUCACACCUGACUGAAGCCACAGUUCAACCUCUGGACCUGGAGCUUAGCAUAACUACAGAGCCUACUACAGAGGUUAAACCAUCUCCAACCACGCAGGAAACCUCAGCUCAGCCUCCAGACCCGGGACUUGCCAUAACUCCAGAACCCACUACAGAGAUUGGACAUUCCACAGUCCUGGAGAAGACUACAGCUCCUCAUCCAGACCAGGUUCAGACUCUGCAUCGAAGCCUGACUGAGGUCACAGGUCCACCUACAAAGUUAGAAUCUUCGCAGGAUUCAUUGGUGCAGUCUGAAACUGCACCAGAGGAACAGAAGGCCUCCACAAGCACCAACAUAUGUGAGCUCUGUACCUGCGGAGAUGAGACUCUGUCAUGUGUUGAUCUCAGCCCAAAGCAGAGGCUCCACCAAGUGCCUGUGCCAGAGCCCAACACCUACAAUGGCAUCUUCACCACCUUAAAUUUCCAAGGAAACUAUAUUUCAUACAUUGAUGGAAAUGUAUGGAAAGCAUACAGUUGGACCGAGAAACUAAUUCUCAGUGAAAAUUAUUUGACUGAAUUACAUAACGAUUCAUUUGAAGGCCUGCUAUCCCUCCAGUAUUUAGAUUUAUCCUGCAAUAAAAUACAGUAUAUUGAAAGACGUACAUUUGAAUCACUACCAUUUUUGCAGUAUAUAAAUCUGGGCUGCAAUUUAAUUACGGAACUGAGCCACGGAACAUUUCAGGCCUGGCACGGAAUGCAGUUUUUACACAACUUAAUUCUCAAUCGCAAUCCUCUGACUGCUGUCGAAGAUCCAUAUCUCUUUGAACUGCCGGCAUUAAAAUAUCUAGACAUGGGAACAACGCACAUCACACUUACAACGCUCAAGAACAUUCUCACGAUGACUGUUGAACUGGAAAAACUGAUCUUACCUAGCCAUGUGGCCUGCUGCCUCUGCCAAUUUAAAAAUAGCAUUGAGGCUGUCUGCGAGACAGUCAAGCUGCAUUGCAAUAUUGAAUGUCUGAUUAACACCGUACAUUGUCCUGAAGAAGCAUCUGUAGGGAAUCCAGAAGGAGCGUUCAUGAAGGUGUUACAAGCCCGGAAGCAGCACACAAGCACUGAGCUGACUAUUGAGUCGGAGGCGCCCUCAGACAGCAGCGGCAUCAAGUUGUCAGGCUUUGGGGGUGAGCAGCUAGACACCAAUGACAAGAGUGAUGAUAUCAGUGCACUAAGACACAUCUUCCCUUAUUUCUCAGCAGAUCUAGAUGCAGAAUCAAUAUUGUUACCAUUCGCUAAAUUGCUUUUUUCAAAUGAAAACAGCCUGGUAAAGAUUCACGGUGUAGGCAAAAACCUGCAGAGAGUGAACAGAGUCCUCACAGGCCCAAGGAGCAUCCAGAAAAGACACUUCAAAGAGGUGGGAAAGCACAGCACUAGGAAAGAACAGGAUGCCCAGGCACUUGUGGACAAUGCUGCCAAAGAAAAAAGGCUUGAGAGUCCAGCCCCAAGGGAGCUGGAACAGCCUCACAUAGUGCAGGGUCCUGAGAAGGUAGCGGGAAACACCAUCUACACUAAGCCUUCGUUCACCCAAGAGCAUAAGGCAGCAGUCUCCUCUACGCUGAAACCCAUCUCCAUGGUCAUGCCUUCUGCCUCUAGCCCCCCAAGAGCCCUACCUCAGGUCAGAGACAGAUGGAAAGACUUAGCCUACACCAUUUCAAUGUUAGAAACGGCAAUGGCUAGGGUUAAAAAUAUGGAGGCUGCUAAACCAAUCGCACAUUCCAAUAGACUCAUGCUCCCAAAGAGGCCGCCAGUGUCUGCAGAGAAGAGCCUCAUAAAUUCACAAGGGGUUUUUUCAUCCUUAGGAGACCUGAGUCCUCAAGAAAACCCUCUUCUGGAAGUAUCUGCUCCUUCAGAACAUUUUAUAGAAAACACUCAUGUAGAAGACACAGCUGCAAGAGAUGCCUCUGAAGAAAACGUUUUCAUGGAAAACACUGUUAUGCCAGAAGGCAUCAUCUCUGAAAACACAAACUACAAUCAUCCUCCUGCGGCAGCUUCCGCUGGGACUGCGUUCAACUUAGAGCCAACUGUUACACAAACUGACACAAAAUGGAAACACAACAACAUGGGGACUGACCUGUCCCCUGAGCCCAAAAGCUUCAAUGACCCAUUGCUCUCCUCCCCAGGUGACCAGUUUGAAAUUCAGCUAACCCAGCAGCUACGGUCCCUCAUCCCCAACGAGGAUGUGAGAAGGUUCAUGUCUCAUGUUAUCCGGACCCUGAAAAUGGAAUGUUCAGAAACGUAUGUGCAAAUGACCUGUGCCAAGCUCAUGUUGCGAACAGGCCUCCUGAUGAAGCUUCUCAGCAAGCAGCAGGAAGCAAAGGCAUCCAAGGCAGAAUGGGAUACGGACCAAUGGAAAACUGAUAACUAUAUUGAGAGUGGACAGAAAGAGCAGAAGUCGUCUGAGCUCAUGAAAGAAGUUCCACGAUAUGGCUAUAACAACGAAGUCAUCUUGGCAAUAUCUGUGACUGUAAUACUAACAAUUUGGAUUAUAAUGAUUUGUCUGAUUGAGGUAAGGACAAUAAUUAAUUCAGGUUUUCAGAAUACAAUCCUGUCUUUGUGUGGAUUCAGAACCCACAAACUGAAAACCAAUGUCACUUUCCCACUUGACAUUCUUCUUCUGUCGUUUAAGGCUGAGGUAUGCUUUGUUCUUUUACUGCAA